UUGUGAGUAAAAUGAAUUAAUAAGGUGAAGCAGAGAAGAGCACAAGAUUAUGAGCAAUCAAGGAAGUAAAUUUCCUCACUUGUCUGAAAUAAUUCAAGUGAUCUUAUUACUUUAGUAAUACUUGCUUUAGCCUUUUUGAUGACUUUCAAAAGCACUUUUUGGGCUAAAUCAUGAAUAUCUGUGUUACGUUCUUGAGGAGUCAAGGAUCUAUUAAAGGCUUGAAAUAUCAUUACAACCUUUAUUGGAAGUCUUCCUGUUUUUAGACAAUUUUUAUCAAAAGUUAUCUGUAUAUUGAAGUUAUCUCUCAUAACUUUUUGGCAAUAUUCUCUCAAUUGCUGUUCUUUUUCACUAUCAUUACUAUAAAUUCUCACUGUUUUAAACAAGAGAAUAUUAUUUUUCUCAAUAUUAUCAGAAAUCACCUUAAUACAAAUCUUAUCAUUCUCAAAAUCUAAAUACAGCGGAAAGUGGGUAUCUGUAUAAGGCACUGAUUGAUUUAUUGCCUCUUCUUCAACAACAUUUUGAUUAUCAAGAGGAUUUUCUUUGACUUCCUCCCUUUCUAUCAGAAGACCAUAGGGAUCACUAGUAUGGAUAUUAGAACUAAGUUUGACCAGAGAAAGCACUAAACCUUUGAAGUGGCUCUCACCUGACUUUAUUUACCAUCCCAGAUUCAUUAGCUCUUUGACACUGGUCGACCAUAUCAUCAGAAAAGUACAUUAUUAUAAUUUGAGUAUGAAUAUUUUAAGCAUAUAAAUACCUAAUAAAUUUUCAUGUUUUUAGAAAAUAUUCAUUUUAAAAACCCUGUCAAAUUUAUAAUGUUCUAAAUUGGCACUUUACGAAAAUUUUACAUGAAAACCAGCUGGGAUGAGCCAGUACAAAGCAACAUUUCUUGGGCUUAGUAGCAAGGGACUACUCAUCAGAUCUUAUAGAUAAUUGGGAAAGGUGCGUAUUAGGAUGGCACAGAAAUAAAUUUCCUUUAUCUGAAUCAAUUUAAUAAUUAUUAUCUUAUUUUCGAUCUUGAAGUGACCUAGGUUAUGUGCUGCUUCUUGAAACAGUAUAAAUGGUUCAUUUCCAGUGGAGGAUGCCUGGAAAUAAAUCAAACUUCCAACAGGAGCUCAAAGGUCUUUUCAGAGGAAAAUAACUUGAUUCCAUACUAUUUUUCCAAUGCUUCUAUAUUAUAAACUAUAAGGACUAAUUUCUGGCCAGAACUGAUUUGAUUUCACACUUCUUUAGCAAAAAGUUAAACUUUCCCGAUGACUGAUCAGCUAUAAGAUCGGCACCGGAGAGAUCAGAGAAGCUUUACUAUUAGUCUAUUUAAACUAUGCACUUCUUCGAAAGGUUCUGAUCUUUAAUUCAAGGGGCAUUUUUAUUACUAUAUGGACUUAUCAUUCCUCAUAGUUGAAGGAUAGUAGUCACUCCGAUUUC